AUGUACUCGACACGUCUCUUCGGCGUGCUGCCACUGCUGGCCAUUGCCUUGGCCACUCCCGUCGACAAAAGGGAGCCGACGGACUUGCAGCUUCUCACGACAGACGUCACGCCGUCAUCGCCGUUGCUAGAACGCGCCGAUUCAUGCCAGGUGCUUGACAGUGUGCUGGACCGCAUUGGCACAAGCAGCGAGGUGGUUGUGUAUGCCAGCACGGGCGGACUCACAGCUCUGUAUGUGUGCAAACGUACCCGUGGCCAAAACUGCGAAGAGCUCGCUGGCGCCAUUGCCUCGGCCAUUGCUAGCAUCUUCCUCAUCCUCAAGCGCUCUGGUGCCAUCUCCGCGCGGGACGGGCAGGCGGUUGAGUCGCUGGUAGACUUCCUCGCUCGGGAGUUUGGCGAGGACGGCGCGACAUUCGACUCCAUCAAGGAUGCGACUCCGCAUGUGCUUGCGCGGUACGAGUCCGGAGAGCGCAGGCCCGUCGAGGUUGCUAGCAUCCAGGGGCUGUCGUCCGGGAACAACACCAUCAACAUGGACGUCUACGACUUCGGCAACGGCGACGGCCACAUCUACCUGCCCCAUGAUGUCCUGACCAAGCGCAGCGACGACUACGACGCGGCCUCUCGUUUUGAGAAGCGUGCUGGCGCACCGGGCUUCAAGGUCUCGUACACCACUCGCCUCAAGUCCAAGCUCACCAGAGCUCACCAGAUCAGCAUGUCUCAAAAGCUCGCCAGUUGGUGGGCUAAUAGAGCCAAAUGCUGCAACAUGCAUGACAUGAUUGGGUUUGUCGAAACCGGCCACGCCGCAAAUUUCUACUAUAGGAUCAUUCCGGAAACCGUUAAUUUUGGCCUCAACUAUGAGACGGUCGACUCUUGCGGACAGAUGGCCCGUUAUCUGUAG